GAACCCGCAUCCUCCCAGACACUGCGUUGGAUUCUUAACCCGCUGAGCCACAAUGGGAACUCCUAAACCACUCUUCUUAUUUGGACUAAAGCUUCUGACGGUCGUAACAGACAUGGGUGAACAAACGAGCGAGUGGUCCUCAGGAGAUAUGCUGAGUGAGUGAGCAGGCUUUCAGGGCGGCUUUAGGCCGUGCUGACGCUGUCAGGUCACCGAGAUGAGGGUGCUGCUUCGGCGAGCGGGUCUGCCUCGUGUUGGAGGUUGGGGGGUCUGGGCUCUGACGGGGCGGGAGGAGUCUGCCUUUUGCGCAUCCCAGGUGUGGCGGUGGGGCCUUGAGGUGAGGUGAGUCUGGUGCGUGAGCGGAGGUCACUGGGGUGGAAAGGUCGUCCGUGAGAGGAAGGGCCGUAGAUGAAGCGAGAGAGGCGGCCUGGUUCUCCGAGGGCAGAGGGAGGAGUCAAGAUUUUACGUUACUCGUGAUGGGCGGCCUGCUAGGGCGUCGCAGGGCUAAGGACUGGGGCCGCAGGACGGACUGGGGCGUGCGGCUCAGCUCGGAGAGGCAGCGGCGGGAAGCAGGGGCCCUGCCGGCUGGGUCGUCCAGGCAGGAAGAGGCGGCCGCAGUGGAGAUGGAGACGGGGCCGUGCGUGGCACGUGCGAUGUGGAGACAGAGCUCCCAGGACGUCAACUUUGUAGUGUGCCAACUCUUUGCCUUGCUAGCAGCCAUUUGGUUUCGAACUUACCUACAUUCAAGCAAAACUAGCUCUUGUAUAAGACAUGUCGUUGCUACCCUUCUGGGCCUUUAUCUUGCACUUUUUUGCUUUGGAUGGUAUGCCUUACAUUUUCUCGUACAAAGUGGAAUUUCCUACUGUAUCAUGAUGGUCACAGGCGUGGAGAACAUGCACACAUACUGCUUUGUGUUUGCGCUGGGAUACCUCACCGUGUGCCAGGUCACUAGAGUCUAUAUCUUUGACUACGGACAAUAUUCUGCGGAUUUUUCGGGGCGCAUGCCCAGCCUCCUGGAGUACUUGAGUUACACCUGCAACUUCAUGGGCAUCCUGGCCGGCCCGCUCUGCUCUUACAAAGACUACAUCACGUUCAUCGAAGGCCGAUCGUACCACGCCGCGCAGUCGGGCGAGAGUGGAAAGGAGGGGAUCCAGGGCGAAAGGACGGAGCCGUCUCCAAACGCGGCGGUGGUCCAGAAGCUCCUCAUCUGCGGCCUGUCCCUGCUCUUCCACCUGACCAUCUGCAGGAGGCUGCCCGUGGAGUACAACAUCGACGUGCAUUUUCAGGCCACGGCGUCGUGGCCCACCAGGGUUCUCUAUCUCUACGUCUCCCUUCUGGCUGCCAGACCCAAGUACUAUUUCGCGUGGACGUUAGCUGACGCUAUCAAUAAUGCUGCCGGCUUUGGUUUCCGAGGCUACGACAAGAAUGGAGCAGCUCGUUGGGAUUUAAUUUCCAAUCUGAGAAUUCAGCAAAUAGAGAUGUCAACAAGUUUCAAGAUGUUUCUUGAUAAUUGGAACAUUCAGACAGCUCUUUGGCUCAAAAGGGUGUGUUAUGAACGCGUCUCCACGAGUCCCACCAUCCAGACGUUCAUCCUGUCUGCCAUUUGGCACGGGGUGUACCCCGGCUAUUACCUGACCUUUCUCACGGGCACCGUGAUGACGUUGGCAGCACGAGCUGUGAGAAAUAACUUUAGACAUUACUUCCUCCAACCUCCCCAACUUAAAUUAUUGUAUGAUAUCUUAACGUGGAUAGUCACUCAAAUAGCAAUAAGUUACACAGUUGUGCCAUUUGUGCUUCUGUCUGUAAAACCAUCCUUCAUGUUUUACAGCUCCUGGUAUUACAGCCUUCACUCCCUUGGUAUCUUAGUAUUAUUGUUGUUGCCGGUGAAAAAAACUCCAAGAGGAAAGAAUACGCAUGAAAAUGCUCAGCUGUCACGAUCCAAAAAAUUGGACGAAGGAGAAAAUUCUUUGGGACAGAACAGUUUCUCCACGACAAACAGUGUUUGCAGUCAGAGCCAGGAAGUAGCCUCUAGACAUUCAUCAUUAAAGCACUGAUGGGGAAAACACUCUGACGGCUGUUUUUCGUAUGUUAACAGAAACCAAUCUUAGCACCUUUCAAGGGGUUUGUGUCUGUUUGGAAAGAGAGCACGUGGGGCGGGGGGGAAUCAGACAGUUCUGAGUAGCGAAUUCCCUGUUGACCAGAUUGGAAGUGGAGGGAAAUAUUCCUCCCCGCUCGUCCCUGGGGGCCACGCCUUACACAAAUAUUUCCAUUAUUGCAGUGGGCACUCGGGACCUCACCAUCCGUCCGUAGGGUCGUACAGGUGCCCUGUUGCUGAAUGUAUGUUGCGUAUCCCACGGCACUGAAGAGGAGGGCGAACAACUGUCAGUCCACGUGAUUGAGAAAAAUUAACUUUUCCAAAUGAAUGUCUUGCCUUAAACCCUCUGUUUCCUAAAAUAUUGUUCCUAAAUGGUAUUUCCACGUGUCCUAUUGUAUGAACACUAUUUCUCUGUUCUGUGUCGUAUGCUGCCCAGGAAUCCUGGAGGAAUUGGAACAGGAUACUUCAGAAUGUGGGUACUUUAACAUGCAAUAAACAUCUCAGUAUUUGAAGGGAUUUCUGAAAGUAUCUCGGAUGAGAACAGGGUGUGGUGAAACCGUAAACAGUCACGGAUGCCAAAUGAUAGGCAGUUUAUUUUCCUGGAGCGUUUAAUUACCCUGUGUCCGUCCGAAGGCCCUUCAAGGAAGGAUUUCUUAAACGUAAUUACAGCUGGUAAUGUGAUAUUUUAAGCUUAUUUUCCUUAAAAAAAAAAAAAAAAGAGAGAGAGAGAAGACGACAAAGGAAAGAAGGAAGGCAUGAAUGAAGAAAGCCCAGUGUGGACCAGAGUUCGAGCCGGUGGCGGCUGUGACAGGUACACACAGGUGUGCCGUGCAGGUGACAGGUGUCCAGCAGAAGGGCUUUUCACCCCUAUUUAUUGGAGUUCUUUGUGAUUCUGUAAGACAUACAUGUUGAAUGACUUUUUAAUAUGUUGGACUUUUCAAAGAAAUUUAUCAAGCGUAAAUUAUAUGGAAUUAUAAAAGUAUUAUGAAAAUUAAAUGGGAGAUUACACGAAGGUUUUGAAAGAGAGCUCAUUAAGGUUCCUCUCCAGCUAAUCACUUUUUAAAUCUUUGACAGUUUAAUUCAGAGAAUAAUCUAGUUUCCAAUCUCUUAACAUAUCACAUCAAAACUUUGCCAUUAACUCUUGUUCCUGAGUUUCAGAUUCUUUAAGAAGAAAAAUGCGCUUUGCUCUUAUGGGUCAUCCUGGCCAUGAUAAAUUUCAUCUAGAAUUGCUAGGUGUCUUCUUUGAUCCCACAGUCUUGUGAAGCUUAAGUAGCUGAAAGCAGAAGAGUGGGAGGCAGGCCAUGCCAGCGUGGCAUCAGGCUGAGGCCGUGGGUGAUGAAUCACGGGCCCUCGGGGAGAAGGAUGGGCAGGGCUUCCGACUGCACUUUCCUGUGACCCAUCCUUUUGUGGAAUUUGUUUUCUUUUUGCCUUAAAUUUUUUAAUGAAAUGCAAAUUGUCUGUCUGUGGGGAGUCUCUCUUUUUUUCCCUGUCAUUAAUAAAUUUGCAAAUGAAGUUAAAGACGGAACAGUUCUCUGACUUCAGCUAUGUAGUGUGUAAAGACGAAAGGAAAAGCAGAUAUACUUGGCACUUCUGAGGUUUAACCAGCAAAAGUAUCGGGGUAUCUCCCUAGAACUUUAGAAGUAGCCUAGUCUUUGUUUAUAUGAAACGUGUUUAUUUUUCUAAAAGUACAUCUUUUCUACCUGAGCAUGUUAGCCACGCCCUCUUACCUCCGGGGAAAGGCUGGAUUGCCACAUAAAUUUUUUUUCUAUUUUCCCAGGCAUUGAAGUGAAGCUACCUGCAGAAUGCGGGAGGUUAGAAAAGAGUAAUCCCAGAAGGUACCUACCCCGCCCCCCAGGGUCCCCUCAGUUUCAUUAGUGCUGCAGGGGACCUCAUGACUCUUAAGCAAAAGGGAGUAAGCUUAGAGCCUAAAAGACACGUCUAGGCAUGUCAGAAGUGAAAACAAGAAGACGAAAUACCUUUUUUUUUGUUGUUCAGCCUAUCUAGCUAUUAACAAAUAAUCAUGAUUCAUUUCCAUUACCUGACUCGAUUUCAUGUCUCAGCCUAUAAGCCUAAUAUCACCGUUAGCUAUUUUUGGCUCAAUGACUGUAAGUGGAGCCCUGUCAUCUAGAAAGCAGGACAAUUGAGGAAUUUUCCAAUUACUUGAAGAGAAAACAUUAUCAAUACAGUUUGGCUGAUUUCCACUCCCCCCAGGGAUUGUCUAGGUUUGGUUUUUGUUUGUUCGCUUUAUUUGCGGGGCGGGUAUAAAAGGAAUUUUGAAGGGCUUUUCUUUCAUCUUGUGAUUAAACAUACUUUAUGUCAUCUGGGAGAAAAACUAAAGAAAUGGUUCUAAUUCUCGGCUCUUUGCUUUUUCUCCCCAAGAAGACUUUUUGUGCUCUGUCAAUUGAAUAGAUCUACUUGGAGUGUUCGAAGGAUUAAUACCUUACUUCGAGGGGCAGUAGAAGACUUGAAAACUGGUGUAUGUCUACUAUGUCAGGUUCCAAGGGAUUCGUUGCAAUGUGUGUUUGCUUUUUGAAUCAACAGGAUAGGAUUCUGUGCCUAUGUGUGUUCUCUCUCCACCCGUUACUCGUCAUGAAAUCACUCCAGAGGUGGUCGGCCAACGUCAUGUUUAUAGUCUCGGUUAUGCGACUCAGGGACAAAAAUGAACAAAAUAAUGAUUUUUCCCUUACUUUUAUGUCUUGAAAUUAGGAACACUUCAUCUAUUUUGAUGUAUCUCGCCUGUCACCAUUUUGCAACUGGCUCAUUCUUGCUUUUUAAAUCAGCAUUUUUAAAUUGGAACUCAGGGUAAUUGAGGAAAUUUAUUUCGCUUCUAAAAUACCCAGCCUAAUCGCAGGAGGUUUAUUUGGCUUCAGAAAUGUCAGCCACCACGUGCUUUUUGGUUAAGAAGUUUUUUUGUUCCUGAUCCCCCACCACGUGUGAUGUUCACACGCAGGAUUUCCACGGGUACCGGUUUGAGAAAAAUUAGCCGUGAAAAGAAAGAUUUUAAAAAGCAGGGAGUCCCCGUUGUGGCUCAGUGGUUAGGGAACGUGACUAGUAUCCAUGAGGACGAGGGUUCCAUCCCUGGCCUCCCUCAGUGGGUUAAGGAUCUGGUGUUGCCGUGAGCUGCGGUGGCGGCUGCAGACGUGGCUUGGAUCCCGCAUUGCUGUGGCUGUGGUGUAGACCAGCAGCUGCAACUCCAGUUCGACCCUUAGCCUUGGAAGCUCCAUAUGCCGAGGGUUGGGCCCUCAAGAGAAAAAAAGCAAGCGAGGGUACCCACGUGGAAGGACACCUUGUCCUGGGGGCAGCCCUGGAUGCUCCUCUGGCUCUGUCGUUAGUGAGCCUGGUGACGUGGCCAAGUCACCGGUCCUCCAAAGCUCCUUAAUCAGCUCAGAGCCUUGGUUCCCAAAGUUUAUGACCAGUUGUGUUGGUAACGGGUGGGAAAAGCUGCGAGACUCUGUAAGCGGCUCGAGCCAGGGGCACCGAACAUCAGGAUUGUCCUCGGAGUCGUUUCCUCUUUACCCCUUGAGCUCCUUCUUUGUAAACGUUGAGGCAGAGAGGACAACCUUUCAAUCCGUUCAACUGGAAGGCACGGCAACACGGCACUUCCUCUGAACGUGGCCCUUAAAGUGGAUCUUUCGCGGUGAAGUCCUCUCCGCUGCGGAGAAUAUGUUCUCCCUCUGCUUUCUCUGCUGUUUUGGCUUCUGUUCGUGCUAUGUGUGCAAUCAAUGAAGACAGAUGCUAGAAACCAUUUCAUAUGAAUCACCAACUUUCCUGAACAGGUUUACUACCUGUAUGGUUUCUCAAAUAUUAUUUACUUCAAAGAUAUUUAAAGAAUAUUUAAUUUCGUUAUAGCCUAGGGUAAACCACAGGAAAAAAAAGCACUUGAAAGUAAUUACAAACCUUAUACUUUUAUGCGAGGAUAAGAUGACACUUAGGACAAAAAUCUUCCCUCUUUAAAAUUUAUACCUUGUACGUUUUUAUUUGUGUAUCCAUGGAUGACUCUGGAUGCUUGUGCUUUUUUAUUUUGUUUGUUUGUUUUGUUUGUUUGUUUUUUGCCUUUUCUAGGGCUGCACCAGCGGCAUAUGGAGGUUCCCAGGCUAAGGUCUAAUCGGAGCCAUAGCCGCCGACCUACACCCCAGCUCACGGCAACGCCGGAUCCUUAACCCACGGAGCGAGGCCAGGGACCGAACCCGCAACCUCAUGGUUCCUAGUCGGAUUCGUUAACCACUGCGCCAUGACAGGAACUCCUUGUUUGUUUAUUUUGAAUUGUCCAAAAUUACGUAUGGAUUUGAAGGGUUCCAUAUACAGUUGAAAGAAAACAUUACUCGAGAGAAUAAUUGUUUCAGAACGGCUUCUCUUAUUACUGUGUCCAUGAAGGAUUUGUCCGGAAUUUUAGAUGGAAACCAGUAUUUUGUGCAGUUUUUAUUCAGCCGCUAAUAGUCCAUCCUGGCUGAAGCUGAACACCUCGGAUUUAACAUAGGUGCAGAAUUCUCAGUAACACUGUGAAAUGGAAUCUUAACUGCACUCAAGUACCUUAAAAAACUGCACUUGACUCAGUGUACGUUUAACGGAUGGCUGAUCGCUUGUAACUUGAGUUAGAUGCCGAAAGUUCUGCUUUCUACAACCCUUUCUGGUAAAGGUGUGUUCGUAUCAAUGCACCCGCCUUACACCGAAGGGAAAGAGUUACAUUAAAGGAAAGAAAUUCCACUCUGAACGGUGGAAUCGAAAGACUAGGAUGCACAGGGUCUCUGUGUUUUGCUGCAGCACCAGGCAGUCAAGUCUGUUUAGAGCAACGCAUUACAGAAGACUCUUUGAGACACGAUGCUCCACCUUGUUGGCAUUUUGUAGGACUGCUCUUAGCAUCAAGGACUAAACUGCUUUUUGAGGCUCUUGUAAGAGGAUGCAGCCAAUUACAUUUUACUUGGUGGGCUGCUUCAUAAUGUUUUUAUGUAUUUUAAAAUAGUAUUUAUUUGAAUAGGUUUGUAACAGUCUGCAGGCUCUGUGGGUCAUGGAUUGGGAAAACUUGCAGAAGUGGAGCCUAAAGACACAUUUUAAUGCCAACUAAUGUGUCUUGCCAGUAAACCUGCUAACUGUCUUCUUUCAGUACACUUUUUAUAAAGCAAAAACAACAAAACAAAGAGCCCCAAAACCGUCCGUUCUGUAGAGAGGAGCACGAAGCAUCCAUACGCAGCACCGGCUAAAGCUGCUGACCCAGUGGAGCCAUCUCUCUCCAGUCACGUUUUAUCACAUGUCUGCUGUAAAAGGAAAGGGACUGGAGUUCCUGCUGUGGCUCAGCAGGUAUCCAUGAGGAUGUGGGUUCGAUCCCUGGCCUUGCUCAGUGGGUGAGCUGUGGUGUAGGCUGGCAGCUGAAGCUCCAAUUGGACCCCCAACCUGGGAACGUCCAUGUGCCAUGGGUGUGGCCCUAAAAGCAAAAAAAAAAAAAAAAAAAAAAAAAAAAAGGAAAGAAGGAAGAAAGGGAAAUACAGCGAAAGACCAAAAGUGACUGAGCGGCGUCAGCAGAAUGACUAACCAUUUUCUUAAUACCACGUUUGAAGUGGAAGAGGUGACUGGCCUUUUGCUGGAGUCAUAAAUGACAGCGUUCUGCCUGGUCUCUAUUUUGGGGUAACAGCUUGGAGCAGGCGAUUGGGUGAUACCCCUCUGUCUUUUCUUCUUAAAGGGCAAGGGCGUGUCGAGUGUUUGACAGACUUUAUUUCAAAUAUGCCUCUUUUAAGUAUUUUUGAUUCUGUGUCUACGGGAUCGGUCAACCAGGCACAUUUGCUCUGACUUUUUGAGCAAGGAGACAGGAAUCCAACACGCAAGCCACACAUGCUCUAAGCCAGUCCCCUCCACCUGCUGUCACCUCAGCUGCCCCCUCUCCGAGCCAGAGGGAAGGACGCAGAGCAAUAAGAGGGACAGUAAGAGCAAUUCCAGUGAAACGAGGAGGGUUCUCCACCCAGAGGGAAGAGCUGUGCUUUCACUCCUGCCUUCUUUUCCAGGUUGCACCUUGACCUCUGCCUAGGAGCUGAACCUCGUUACCCAAACACGACACGAGGAAGCUCCCAACUCCAGGCAGUGUUUCCCGUCCUCGUUUGCCUUCCCUGGGGGACUAGAACGCAGUGUUCUGUGCUUUUUGUUUUUCUUAUUCCAAAGUAUUUUUUAAAGGAGUGUUACUUUUCGACAGAUCCAUAAAUGAGUUCCCAUCGUAUGGUAAACUGAAACCACCACUGUGUCAGUUACACGGUGCCGUGAAACGUGGACAACCACCCAUUUCUAUUCUGUGUCCUCAGAGCCGCCCCGGUGGCUUAUUGCUGGGUUUUCAUGAUGUUUUUAACUGAACGUAUAAAUGUUUUUCUUUUCUAAUGUGUGUCCUUAAAAAUGAUUAAAUGGUAGUUAAAAAA